AUCCCGGCCGGGGACUCCCAGCACUCCCAGGACCCUGGAGUUGGAGAGGCCGAGGUGACCAUCCAGUCGGGGGUACCCGGCGGGCCUUUGGGGCUUGCAGGGCCCGAAAUCGGGGGUCAGGUCGUGACAGAAUCCGCGUCCUCGCAGUCAGAGGGCGCCCUGGUUCUCACCAUAUUUCCAAAGGGACCCCAGCCCAGAGUCCUGCAAACCUCUUAUCCAGUGUGUCUGAGGUUCGGGGAAGCACAAAUUUGAGCCCUGAGGCAAAAGAAAGCAAGACCCGCCCCAGACAAUGGCAACCACACCUGGUCUCCAGCCUCCACCGCCCCUGGACCAAGAUGAGAUCUUGAUUGUGAAGGUGGAGGAGGAUUUCUGCUGGGAAGAGGAGCCCUCCCUGGAGCCAGAAGACCCCAGCCCUGAGACCUUCCGCCAGCUCUUCCGGCUCUUUUGUUAUCAGGAGGUGGCGGGGCCGCGGGAGGCCCUGAGCCGCCUCUGGGAGCUCUGCUGCCGCUGGCUGCGGCCAGAGCUGCGCACCAAGGAGCAGAUCCUAGAGCUGCUGGUGCUGGAGCAGUUCCUGAUGGUGCUGCCAGGGGAGAUCCAGGCCCGGGUGCGGGAGCAGCAGCCGGAGAGUGGUGAGGAGGCCGUGGUCCUCGUGGAAGGGCUGCAGCGGGAGCCCAGGAAACAGAGGCAGCGGGGCCUGGAGGUGCUCCCUGAUGAUGUAGCGCCCCACGGGGCAGGAGAAAAGUCCUUGAAACACCAAGUGGAGGCCAGGCCGGAGGAGCUGUCUCCGGAGGAAGGGUCUGGAUGCUCCAGCCAGCAGCCCCCAUCCCAACGGAGCCGCAGACCAAAGAGGGGCCCCCAGCUCUGGCCAAAGAGGGGCCCAGCGGCCUCCCAGCAUCAGGAGACAGCAGCUUCAGCCUCGUCCUUCAUUUCGUCUUGGUCCCAGCAGGUGCCAGUGACCUUGGAGGACGUGGCAGCGUACCUGUCCCAGGAGGAGUGGGAGAGCCCAGACCCAGCUCAGCGGGAUUGUAGCUGGGACGCACGGCCGGAACACAGGGGGCGUGGGCUGCAACUUGGUGGAGAGGACGCCAGGGAGGACGCGUCGAUGAGAAGGGAGAGGGACCGAGCGCCGGCUGGGGGCAUGACCAGACCUGAGCAGCCUCUGGAAAGAGCAGGACCCCGACGAGUCGAAAAGCCAUACACGUGCCCCGAGUGUGGCAAAGGCUUUAGCAAAACGUCCCACUUGACCAAGCACCAGCGCACGCACACCGGCGAGCGGCCCUACAAGUGUCAGGUGUGCGGCAAGGGCUUCAGUGACCGCUCCAACUUCAGCACGCACCAGAGGGUCCACACGGGCGAGAAGCCGUACGCGUGCGCCGAGUGCGGGAAGCGCUUCAGCCAGAGCUCCAGCCUGGUCAUCCACCGCAGGACGCACACCGGGGAGCGGCCGUACGCCUGUGCCGAGUGCGGGAAGCGCUUCAGCAACAGCUCCCACUUCAGCGCGCACCGGCGGACACACGCGGGCGAGAAGCCCUUCGCGUGCCCAGCCUGCGGCCGGGGCUUCCGCCGGGGCACGGACCUCCACAAGCACCAGCGGACCCACAGCGAAGCGCAGCACCCGCCGGGCCCGCAGAGCCCCGCAGCGAGGCUCCAGGAGGCCCCCGGGCUGAAGCCCGGCCGCCGCUCACUGAGCUCCCCGCCUCGGGGGCCCCGGUCAGAAUUUCACGGUCAGAGUUCAUGAAGCUGCUGGAGUUACUGUCUUGGAACCAGAACCCUAACCUGAAGGCAUUUCGGACACACCUCGUGUGCCCCUGCUGGGGGCCCAGCUGAUGACAGUGGGACAUUUCCGGUGCCCGGGCUGGGGGAAGAAUCCGGGCACUGAGCGUGGCAGUGACGGCUGGACACGGAGCGGGUGGACCUGGGCCGUGGGGCCGCUGUCCAGAGGAGCACAGCC